GAGAGCGAGAGUGAGAGAGAGAGAGAGAGAGAGUGUGUGUGUGUGUGUGAGUGUGUGCAUGUGCUAGAGUCCAAUUGGAAUCCGUGCGGCCGCCGUUGGCAAUGAAAGACUCAAUGAGCAUAUUAACCCAGACGCUGCCCACGACUACAGCGCCCAGCGAGCCGUCGCCACAUUCGCAUUCGCAUUCGCUUUCGCAUUCGCAUUCGCAUUCGCACCACCAUCAUCUGCACCAUCACUAUCCGUUGCAUCCGCCGGCGGUCAACAUGUCCAUGUCCACCUCGUCCAAUCUGAAGCCGAAUCGAUCCCGCUUCAUGAUCAACGACAUUCUGGCGGGCAGUGCGGCUGCUGCCAGCGCCGCCGCCUUCUACAAGCAGCAGCAGCACAACAACAACAACAACAACAACAAUACCAAUAAUAAUAAUAACAAUAACAUUAAUAAUAACAACAACAACAACAACAACAAUAAUAAUGAGCAUUUGGAAUCAGAGUCUGGACCAGCAACGCCGCCCGGCUCCGUCCUGGGCCUGCCACCGCCGCCGCCGCCGCACCAGCUUCCCCAUCAGCCGCAUCCACACGCCCUGGCCGCCGUGCACGCCCAGCAUCACCAUCAUCAUCAUCAGCAGCAGCAGCAUCCGCUUACGCAUCCGCAUCCGCAUGCACUGCCGCACGCCAAGCUGACCCACUUCGCGCCCAGCGCCCAGAUGGGCGCCAACGGGCUGAACGUGGCGCAGUAUGCAGCGGCCAUGCAACAGCAUUAUGCAGCCGCCGCCGCUGCAGCAGCGGCGCGCAACAAUGCGGCAGUGGCGGCAGCAGCAGCAGCCGCGGCGGCCGCCGGUACCGGCGAGGCGCCGCCGCAGCCGCCGUCGGCAGAGCUCGACGACAGCAGCGACUACCACGAGGAGAACGAGGACUGCGACAGCGACGAGGCGGGCAGCGGCGGCGGCGGCCACAUGGACGAUCACAGCGUUUGUAGUAAUGGUGGCAAGGACGAUGACGGCAACAGCAUCAAGAGCGGCUCCACCAGCGACAUGAGCGGCCUGAGCAAGAAGCAGCGCAAGGCGCGCACCGCCUUUACCGACCAUCAGCUGCAGACGCUGGAGAAGUCGUUCGAGCGGCAGAAGUAUCUCAGUGUCCAGGAGCGACAGGAGCUGGCGCACAAGCUGGACCUAAGCGAUUGCCAGGUGAAGACCUGGUAUCAGAACCGUAGAACCAAGUGGAAGCGACAGACGGCCGUGGGUCUGGAGCUGCUCGCCGAGGCGGGCAACUUCGCGGCCUUCCAGCGGCUCUACGGCGGCUCGCCCUACUUGGGCGCCUGGCCGUACGCGGCGGCAGCCGGUGCCGGCGCCGCAGCUGCCGCGCAUGGAGCCCCGCCGCACUCCAGCAUCGACAUCUACUAUCGGCAGGCGGCCGCCGCGGCGGCCAUGCAGAAGCCGCUGCCCUACAACCUGUACGCGGGCGUGCCCAGCGCCCCCUUCUCGCACCUGUCCGCCUCCAGCUCGCUGUCCUCGCUGAGCAGCUACUACCAGAGCGCGGCGGCCGCUGCUGCGGCGGCCAACGGAGCUGCGGCCGCUGCCGUCGCCGGUGGUGGCGCUGCUGCUGCGGGUGGUGGUGGUGCAGUGGCAGCGCCACUGGUCACCGCCCCAGCCGCUGGCAUGGCUAUCAUACACAAGCCGCAGGCGCUGACCCCAUCGCCGCAGUCGCAGUCGCAGGCGCUGGCUGCGUCGCCUGUGCAUCCGCCCUCUACGCCUAGUCCGACGCUCAAUCCGGGCAGUCCGCCGGGCCGCUCCGUGGACAGCUCCCAGGCGCAGUCCGACGACGAGGAUCAGCUUCAGGUGUGAACUGGCCAAAGAGGGAACAGGAAGAAGCAGAAGAAGAGGCAGCAGCAGCAACAAAAUAGAAUUUGUUUCCAAAACACAAAAUGGC